CUCCUCGCGCACUCGGAGCCACCGCCGCUCUCAGAGCUCCGAGCUCUCCUUCUCUCGCUGCUGUAGCCGCAGCCGCCCGCCCGCCCGCUUGCCAGCCCGCCUUCCACGCGUCCCCGCCCCGCUCCGCUCCGAUUCCUGCACCCGGCCCCAAGCGCGCUCAUCUAUCGCUGCGAGCACUGUAUUCCCACUGAGGCCCCGGGGCGAUGGCCACCAAGAUCGACAAAGAGGCUUGCCGGACGGCGUACAACCUGGUGCGCGACGACAGCUCGGCCGUCAUCUGGGUGACUUUUAAAUAUGACGGCUCCACCAUCGUCCCCGGCGAGCAGGGAGCAGAAUAUCAGGACUUCAUCCAACAGUGCACAGAUGACGUCCGACUGUUUGCUUUUGUGCGCUUCACCACUGGGGAUGCGAUGAGCAAGAGGUCCAAGUUCGCCCUCAUCACAUGGAUCGGCGAGAAUGUCAGCGGGCUGCAGCGCGCUAAGACCGGCACCGACAAGACCCUGGUGAAGGAGGUGGUGCAGAAUUUCGCCAAAGAGUUUGUGAUCAGUGAUCGGAAGGAGCUGGAGGAAGAUUUCAUCAAGAAUGAGCUCAAGAAGGCGGGCGGAGCCAAUUACGACGCCCAGACGGAGUAACCCCCCGCGCACCCUGCCCCUUGCCAAAGUCAUCUGCCUGCUCCCCAGGGGAGGGGACCGCGGCCUCAGCUACCAGCCCACCAGCCCACCAGGGAGAGGAAACGCGAUGAGAGGCGACGCCCACCACCCCGUCCAAAAUCCAGCUCCCCUCCCCACUUCCCUUGUGCACCUGCCGUGUCCUAGCCCUCAAAGCUCAUUGAACAUCUUUUUUUUCUCUUUUAUUCUUUCUCCCUGCCCUUCUUUCUUAUUCUAAAGAAAAAUCAUUUUGAUGCCAAGGUCACGCACAUCAUCAGAUCAGAGGCGCCUCCUAUGGUGACCCUUUCCUGAUAUUUCUCUGACGCACAAGCAGCCUGCCCAGCUUCACCCACCAACCUCGUGUCACUUCUGGCACCUGGGUCAUGCUGCUAUCUUGGUUUUCCUUGGCGCCUGCCUGCUUCCGCUGAGGCGACGGCUGUGCCGGGAGCUGUGCCCUCAACAGCGGCCUUCACAAGCACACACACAUCCCGCUGGCCAGACUCACACCCCUGAGAGUCGCUCCAGAGCUCCCUCCACCCCCCCCAUUCCAAGUUGCCUAAGCUCCAUGCCCACCCUAGACGGUGCUUGGUGGAGAGAACCCCUCAGGCCUGACUCAGACCAGAAGAGAAGAGAGAAAAUUUGCCUUAAAAGUUGCCUGGCUUUGCCGUCGGUCUGAAGUGGCCCAUUCCCACCCUCUUGAUCGAAAUCUCAUGAUGGCGUGGAGUGGGGGCAAAGGUCUAGGUCCAGAUUCAAUAGGAGGAGUCUUUCAGGGGUCACGUCCCGGGCUCCCCAAGUGAUGAGGACGUUAGGGAGAGAGGCCCGGGGUGCGGGAUGGGAACUGAGGUCCAGCCAGUCAGCAAGGACAGCAGGGGACAGAGCGUGUGCAGCGGGAGCCCCGCCCUCGCGGGACCAGAGAGUCUGUGGGUUUAAUCCUUGGUGGCACAACAGCGGCCAAAGGAUUUCCUUUUUUUCAAAGAAAGAUGUGAUUGGCUUGGUUGUUCAUGAGCAUGUUUGGUAGCGUUCUUUUUCUCUUUUCCUUGCUCAUUUCGUUGGGGGAAGUCUGUGCUGCGUUGGGGUCGUUAAGAGCAUCCGCACUCAAAAUGGUUUACAGAAAUAAACAGUUUUUUUGUUUUUCAAAAAACAA